AUGAGCAAACCAAAGAAGUCUCAUAUGCAGGCUGCAAAGAGGGUGAUACAGUACAUCAAAGGGACAAGAGACUAUUGCAUUUUGUUUCUUGCUGGAAGGAAGAAAACUGCAAUGGAGAUAACUAGAUACACUGAUUCAAAUUAUGGAGGUGAUAUGGUGGAGAGGAAGAGUACAUCAGGUUACAUCUUUAUGUUGAACAAUACUCUCAUCUCUUGGUGUUCUAAAAAGCAACUAGUGGUGGCUUUCUCAAGCUGUGAAGUUGAGUUCAUAGCUGAAAGCUAUGGUACAUGCCAAGGAAUUUGGAUUAAAGAGUUAAUGGAAGAAUUAAAGGUGUCUAUGGAGAAUCUAAUUCAAUUGAAGAUUGACAAUGUUUCAGCAAUCAAUUUGGCAAAGAAUCUUGUGAGCCAUGGUAGGAGUAAGCACAUAGAAGUAAAAUUUUAUUUCCUUAAAGACAUGGUGAAGAAAGGAAGAAUAAUCUUAGCCUAUUGCAAAAAAGGAGUGCAGUUGGUUGACUUGUUUACUGUAAACCAUUGA